AUGCCUCCGAAAGUGAAAGCGGACAGCGCGAAGACACCGUCGCUGAAACGGCUCAAGGCUCAGUUGAAGGACACUCAAUCAACUCUUGGCGACAUUGAGACGUUCAUCAAGGACUUCAAGGACACCGCUACGGCCAGCGAUGUCAGCGUUCGGUUGGAAAUUAUCAAUGACAUCUAUGAGACUUUUUGCGAAACCCUCAUUGAUAUCACUUCUCAUGACGAGUUCUUUGAAGCGGAGGAUUUUUACGAAUCUGCCCGGAUGGCUUUCAACUUGAGCUACAUGGAGGCCAAAUCGUUUCUUUUGGAGAGGCUCAGGGAGCGCGAAGACCACACGUCGGAUCAGCCUAACGUUACGCUAGGUUGCGAGAACUUGAACCAUGUGCAGUUACCUCAGAUCCAACUGCGGACAUUCACCGGAGAUGACGACGAUUGGGUUAGCUUCCGAGAUUUGUUUACGUCGCUCAUCCACUGGCGGAACGACCUGUCCGGUGUGGAAAAGCUACAGUACCUGAGGGGUUGUUUGUUUGGCAAACCUGCGACGAUGGUAGACAAGUUCAAGAUGAGCAACGCGGACUACCAGUUAGCUUGGGAAGAUCUGCUAAACUAUUACAACAACAGCAAGCAAAUGAAGAAGCGUCAGAUUCAGCAUCUCUUCGAACUGCCAGCCAUGUCCAAAGAAUCUUCUGAGGAGUUGCGUGAUCUCAUCCAAGGAUUUGAGAAGGUUGUCCAAUCCUUGGACCAGAUUGUACAACCAGGCGACUACAAGGACUUGCUUCUGGUGCACAUGCUGACGGAUCGUCUUGACCCGGUAUCACGGCGAGGCUGGGAGGAACACUCGUCUACCAAGGAGCAGGACACGGUUAAGGACAUGCUGGAGUUUUUGCAGCGGCGUAGUCGUGUGCUUGAGUCGUUGCCGCCGAAGUCGACUAACACAAAGAGUACAUCCCAGCAACCACAACAACAACCGAAGUCGAAACCGUCGGUGGUCAGGACUAACUACAGCACGGCUCAAGCGUCAGGAGAACGCUGCCCAGCGUGCACGGGAACACAUCUUCUUCACAGAUGCUCGGUGUUCCAGAGGAUGACGGUUUCGGACAGGGAGUCUCUGCUGCGCACGCAUUCGCUGUGUCGCAAUUGUCUCAAACCUGGACAUCUGGCGAGGGGUUGCCAGUCGAAGUACUCUUGCCAGAACUGUAAAGCGCGACACCACACACUUCUCUGUUUCCGCCCUCGGAAGGAUCAGGCGAAGGUCGCAUCAACUACCAGACGGGAGAAUGCUUCCAGGGAAGAACCUCAAGCUGUCGUCGUUGUUGAGGAUGACAACGGGAAUCGGCUUCCAGCGCGGGCUCUGCUCGACUCGGGUUCGGAGAGCAACUUUAUGUCGGAACGAUUAAGCCAGCUACUACGGGUCAAAAGGAACAAGGUGGACAUCUCGGUGUCCGGGAUUGGACAAGCAGUCUCAAGAGUAAAGCAGCAGAUUCAAGCCACGGUUACGGUCAAUUUACCAACGUCGGCCAUAAACACCACUGGUUGGACCAUACCAGAUGGCGUCGUACUGGCGGAUCCGACGUUUUCGAUGUCCAACGGUGUGGACAUGGUACUUGGGAUCGAGCAUUUCUUUGACUUCUUCGCAAGCGGUCAGAAAAUCUCACUGGGAGAACAGCUGCCAGCCCUGAACGAGUCGGUUUUCGGAUGGGUGGUAUGCGGCGGUUGCGCAGACUCACGGGAGUCUCCGCGGAUUAACUGCAACGUGUCGUCAUUGGAAAAGCUGGAUGCUUUGGUGGCUCGAUUUUGGUCCUGUGAGGAGGUCGAGUCAGCAGCCGGUAACUACUCGCCAGAGGAAGCACGCUGCGAAGCUCUGUACGCACAGUCGGUUCAACGAGGUACAGACGGACGGUAUUCGGUUGCUCUACCGAAAGCUGAAGACACUCUGUCACGGUUAGGCGAGUCCAAGGAUAUCGUAAGACGUCUUCACGGCACGGAACGGAGACUAGCCAGGGACGAUCAUCUCCGGGAACAAUAUGUAGCUUUUAUGGACGAGUAUGAGCAGUUAGGGCACAUGACGAAGGUCACGGACACGGGCUCCGCCAAACGGUGCUACCUGCCCCAUCACCCAGUGGUCAGGGAGGCUAGCACAACCACCAAGGUACGCGUGGUGUUCGACGCGAGCUGUAAGACUUCUUCUGGUGUGUCGCUCAAUGAGGUUCUGCUGUGUGGACCAGUAAUCCAGCAGGACUUGAGGUCGAUAAUCUACCGUUGUCGCGUGAAGCAGAUCAUGUUGGUUGCGGACGUCGAAAAGAUGUUCCGGCAGAUCGGAAUCUGUCCGGAGGACCGUUUGUUGCAAUGCGUUCUAUGGCGUCCAACAUCCACCGAGGCGAUCUCCACGUACGAACUCAACACCGUUACGUACGGUACGAAGCUAGCUCCGUUUUUGGCAACACGGACGUUGAAACAGCUGGCCAUGGACGAAAAGGAACGGUUUCCGCUCGCAGCCAAGGUCACCUGCGAAGACAUCUACAUGGACGAUGUGAUCACCGGUACCAACGACUUGGACUCGGCGAUCGACCUGCGAAACCAGCUGGACAAGAUGACUGUCAGUUGUGGUUUCCGUUUGCGGAAAUGGGCAUGCAAUCGUGCUGAAGUUCUGUAUGGUGUGGAGGAGGAUAACUUGGCGAUUCCCUGCGCCGAUGGUAUCAACCUGGAUCGAGAUCCCUCGGUGAAGACGCUCGGGUUGACAUGGUUCCCAUCUACGGACGAAUUCAUGCUCAAGUUCACCAUCCCAGAGACGGGCCCUGAUGAACCACUCACCAAGCGGAACGUUCUUUCCAAAAUUGCGUCGAUUUUCGAUCCCCACGGUUGGUUUGGCGCAACGGUUACAACGGCAAAGGUGUUCAUGCAGCAGUUGUGGACGCCGGGCAUCGAUGGCAAGCGUCUGGAAUGGGAUCAGCCAUUGCCUUCGAUGAUGGGUGAGAACUGGCGGAAAUUCGAGGAGCAAUUACCGGUUCUCAGUUCGGUUCGGUUUGCGAGAUGUGUCGUCAUCCCUAACGCAACGUCGGUUCAGCUGCAUUGCUUCUCAGACGCGUCCACCAAGGCCUACGGUGGUUGUGUUUACGUUCGUAGCGAGAACGCAAAGGGAGAAGUUAUGGUUCGUCUGCUGGCCUCGAAGUCGCGGGUGGCCCCGCUCAAGGUUCAGACGAUUCCGAGACUGGAGCUCUGCGGAGCGGUCUUGGUUGCGCAGCUCUUCAAGGUUCUACGAGAAGCGCUCGACAUUCCAGUGGACGCAUAUUUCUGGACGGACUCCACGUGCGUACUCUGCUGGCUUGGAUCUAUCCCGACCACGUGGAACGUGUUUGUUGCAAACAGGGUGUCGAAAAUUCAAAGCAUCACGGAAGGAUUUCGUUGGCAACACGUCCCGGGACUUCAAAACCCUGCUGAUCUUAUUUCCAGAGGAAUCUCUCCUCAGGACAUCGUGGACAACGAGUUCUGGUGGUUUGGACCGGAUUGGCUGCGUUUGAGCCCAGAGCACUGGCCGAAUGCAGAAUCUACAGCUGAAGAUGAGAAUGCGGAAACGGAAAGACGUCGAUCGGUGACAGCAAACACUGUUUCGGUGGUACAGGAGUUCAACGAUCUUUAUUUUUCAAAAUUCUCUUCGUACCCGAAGCUGAUCCGUCAAACAGCCGUUUGGUUGCGGCUCAUGAAACUUCUCCGCACUCCCAGCUCAGAUCGUGCUUCCGGAUUUCUCACCACGGCGGAACUGAAGGAGGCUGAGAACGUGCUGAUUCGUCGAGUUCAGAUGGAAUCAUUCGCUGAUGAAAUCAAGGCUCUAUCUGCAAGAAAAACGGUUGCUGUUAAAUCACCUCUUCGUUGGUACAACCCUUACCUAGACCAGGACAACAUUAUUCGAGUGGGUGGGCGGCUGAAAAACUCUGACGAGCCUGAGGACGCCAAGCACCCUGCUGUUCUGCCUGCGCGCCAUCACUUCACACGGUUGAUUUUACGAUAUUAUCAUCUCGGGCUGCUGCACGCUGGACCACAGCUGCUGUUGGGAACAGUUCGGCUUCGAUUCUGGCCUUUGGGAGGACGGAGCGUGGCACGCACGAUCGUGCAUCAGUGCAAAACAUGCUUCAAGGCCAAACCUACGCCGGUGCGACAAUUCAUGGGCGAUCUGCCAGCGGUACGCGUCACGGCUGCGCGUCCGUUCUCGAAAACUGGCGUUGAUUACUUUGGCCCAGUGUUCGUUCGCCCAGGACCUCGGCGCACGGCGAUCAAGGCGUACGUGUGCCUGUUCGUGUGCCUUUGCACCAAGGCCGUGCACCUCGAACUCGUGUCGGACCUCUCCACGGAACGCUUUCUGCAGGCUUUACAUCGGUUCACCUCGCGCAGAGGACCUGUCGCCGAGAUCUGGUCUGACAAUGGGACCAACUUUGUCGGAGCACGGAACAGGUUGCACGAGUUGUUUACACUGCUUCGCGACAAACAGCACCAGGAGAAGGUCUUCAAGGACUGCGCCAACAACGAGAUUCGCUGGUCGUUCAGCCCACCAAGCGGCCCACAUUUCGGUGGUUUAUGGGAGGCCGCCGUACGCUCAGCCAAGCACCACAUUCUGCGUGUCAUUGGAGACGAACCUAUCUCGAUCGAGGACAUGAACACGCUGCUCGUCCAAGUAGAAGGCUGCUUGAACUCGAGACCCAUCACGCCAAUGUCGGACGACCCCAAUGAUCUCGAGCCGCUCACACCUGCGCAUUUUCUCGUUGGAUCAUCGUUGAAGGCUCUACCGGACCGAGACUACACGGAAAUACCUGCAAACCGUCUCAACCAUUACCAACAGAUCCAGCAGAAACAACAACUAUUUUGGAAUCGGUGGAAAAGGGAAUACCUGAGCCAGCUGCAAGCUCGUACGAAACGUUGGCGGUCACCUGUGCAGGUAGAAGUCGGCAAGCUGGUCGUAAUCGUCGACGACAAUCUGCCGCCCACGCGCUGGAAGCUAGCUAGGAUCAGCGAAGUCCAUCCAGGUGCCGAUGGUGUCGUACGUGUUGUCACCCUCAAGACUGCGACGAAGCUGAUCAAAAGGCCAGUCGAGAAGAUUUGUUUACUUCCACUGGACGAAGAGGAGCACAAUGCCAACAAAUCGAGUGAACAAUAG